AUGAAGUUAAAUAUCAAAUCAUUAGGAUUGGUCCUGAUUUUAAUUAUUAAUCAAUCAUAUGGACAAACUGUAUCAUUUGACGCUACCUAUCAGUUAUCUUUGGUCAAUGCGAUUAGAGCCCAGGCUGGUAAAGCAGCUCUAUCAUUAAGCCCUUGUCUUGUACAAUCUGCACAAUUCCAAUCAAACUACCAAGCCAAUUCCAAUCAAAUGACUCAUGAUAACCCAGCUGGUGAUGCCCUGGUAAGAAUGAGUUCUUUUACUGCCAAUUCACUCACUUCUGCAGGAGAAAAUGUUGCAGCUGGAUACUAUAAUGACGAUGAUGUUGUUGCUGCUUGGAGACAAUCGCCAGGACAUUAUGCAAAUAUGAUUGGAGAUUUUCUAUAUUUUGGUUGUGGAAUGGCUGCUUCGAGUACCAACCAAGUGGUGUACUGGACCCAAAAUUUUGCAAUCUAUUCAUCUUGUAGCUCUCAAACCACUGGCGGUUCGACAUCAACUACGUCUUCAACCUCUGCAACUGGGACAUCUUCAACAACCACUUCUCCCACUAGCGCAACUUCUAGUACUACUACUGGAGCAACUUCUGAUCCAAUCACAUCAACCUCUGCUACCACAACUGAUUCUAUUUCCACUACUGGACCUGGAGUAACCUCCACAACAACUGGCUCUGUCACCUCUGCAACUGGGACAUCUUCAACAACCACUUCUCCCACUAGUGCAACUUCUAGUACUACUGGAGCAACUUCUGAUCCAAUCACAUCAACCUCUGCUACAACCGGAUCUUUAUCAACAGACCAAUCCACCACCACUACUACUACUAUCGCCGCUGACACUACCACCCAAGGUUCAACCACGACUGGAACUGGGACAACAUCUGAUCCAAUCUCUACUACUAGUGGUACAUCUACUUCUUCUUCUUCUUCUUCUUCCGAGGAUCCAAUCAUAUCAACAACGGGAUCUACCACUGGAUCUUCGUCAGCCGAUCAACCGACCACAUCUAGUGAUUCUACGACCACACCUGAUGACUCUACGACUACAUCUGAUGAAGAUAGCAGCUCGGCCACCAAGAUGGGUUCUUCAGCUGAGAAGAGUGGCAGUAAUACAGAUACAGACUCGAGCACAUCUAUUGAAUCUAGUGGCAGCACUGAUGACAAUGUCGAUAGUAAUUCUGCUUCUGUCGAUAGUAGCAGUAUUGAUUCAUCAUCAUCAUCAUCAUCAACAACCAACAAUGACAGCAACAGCGAUAGUAGUACUUUGGGAAGUAGCAAUAAUGAUGACCAAAAUGCAGACAGCCAACAGAGAGGAACAUCAUCUGCCGAAACAGCAGGCAGCUUGGAUAAUAAUAAUAUGGGUGAAGAUGGUGGUAACUCUUCGAUGGGAGCACAGUUGUACAAACCAUAUAUGAUCAUUGCAACUUUAAUGAUCGUAUCUGUCGGUGUUCGUUUUAUAGUCAUUGUUCAACCAACUUCACUAAGUAUCACUAAUCAACAUCAUAGAUUAUAUUGUACAAAUAACAACAACGACAACAAUAGUAGUAGUAAUAAAACAACACCAAGAAAGUAUACUAUCAAAGGUAAUUUGAUAUCAUCAUCAUCUUUAUCGAAUUCAAUACCACCAUCAGUUGAUAAUUCAGAACCAACAGCAACAACAACAACAAAGAAAAAGAAAGUAGUAAAUAUUAGAAUCAAGUCAAAAGACCCUUUUAUAGAUAUCGGAGGUAAUAAUAAAGUAUACCUCAGGAAACCAAAGAAUACUACAACACCAGUACUAGACACCACUCAACUCAAUAUCGAUAAUAAUAACAAUACAGAUAAUCUUCAACAAGUAAAUAGUAGUAGUAUUAUUACAGAUUUAUUAGAAAUCGAAAAUAAUAAUCCAAGAAAUUUAAAAAGCAUAGAGGAAGAUAUUUCACUUUCCACUUCACCACAGCCACUUUCAUCGUCACCAUCUUCAUUUAUCUCUGCAUCAGAGAGUAGUAAUAGUAUUGAACCAAUAAAAGAAGAACAACAAGUAAUUGGUCAACAACAGCAAGAAGAGGAAGAAAUGAAAAAUAGUAUAUUGAGAUUAAAAGAAAUUAAUAUCAGUCAAGAUUUCAAAGCUACACCAACACAAGUAGCAGAAGCACAACAAAAGAAAAAGGCUGCAAUUGCUAAAAGUAAAAGAAAGAAAGAUGAAGACAAGGAUGAUUUUAUAGAUGACUCUGAGGAGCUUAUGGAACAACUAGAUGAUGACAUCACCACUUCAACUUUAACUACCUCAUCGACUACAACAACAACCAACAACAACAAGAAUGAAGAAAAACAAAAGUUAAAUUUGGAUCAAAAUAAUAAUCAUGUUGUCAUUAUUGAUGGUACACCAUUGGCAUACAAAGCAUAUAAUACCAUUUCAGGACUCACACACAAUGGUGAACCAAUUGGUGCAUUGUUUGGCUUUACCAAGGCAUUACUCAAAAUACUCAAAGAAUUGAAACCAGACUAUGUUUUGGUUUGUUUCGAUCCAACUGAUGGUGCCGGUAAUUUUAGACAUGACAUUUAUGAAAAAUACAAAGCCAAUAGACCAUCCACUCCUUUGGACCUCAAACAACAAUUACCUCUAUUGCCACAGGUUUGCACUGCUCUCGGAAUCGAAUAUGCCAAACAAUCAAGAUUCGAAUCUGAUGAUUUGAUUGCUACCUAUGCCAACAUUGUAGAACAAGCAAACAAAAAGUUGGCAGCUGGAAAUGAUAAUCUUGUUGUCGAUGGUCAACAACAGCAGCAACAAAAAUAUAGAGCUACGAUCGUAUCAGACGAUAAAGACAUGUUGCAAUUGGUUAGUGACGAUGUUCAUAUUUAUAAUACUAGAACAAACUCUAUCUUUUGUCAUCAAGAUGUUAUUGAUAAAAUGGGUGUCCCAAGUCAUUUAAUUACAUCAUUCCAAGCAUUGGCUGGUGAUUCUGUUGAUAAUAUUCCAGGUGUACCAUCAUUGGGUCCAAAAAGUGCAAGUGCUAUCAUCAACUCUCUUGGUCAUAUUGAUAAUGUACUAGCAAAUAUUGAACAAAUUCCAUUAAAGUUUAGAGAAAAGGUUAGAAAUAAUUCAGAACAAAUUAAAAUUUCUUAUCAAUUGGCAACACUAAGUAAACAAGCAGAGACAAAAGUACCUUUGGAAGGAUUAAAAUGGAAUCCUGUCAACAAACUUCAGUUUGUAGAAUUUUUAGAUAAAUAUAAUUUUAAUAAUAUUAAAGGGAAAUUGGAUAAUCUAGGAUUAGUUUACGAGGGAGAAGAAAAUAAGGAAAUUUCACAAUCGUCGUCAUCAUCAUCAUCAUCAUCGUCAGCCUAUACUAUCGAUCCAGAUUAUGUAUUGACAGACGAAGAGGUAAAGGACUAUUUACCAAAUGAUGUGACAUGUGUCAAUACAGUAGAACAUGCAAGAGAAAUUGAUGUAUAUCAUGCAUGUGAUACUGAAGUCAUUGACAUUGAUGUAAAGGAACAAUCACCUAUUGGACAUGGAAAGAUUAUUUGUUUCUCUAUUUACUGUGGUCCCGACAUUGAUUUUGGAACAGGAUCACGUAUUUGGGUAGACAUUUUAGGAAGCAAUGGUGAUGAAAUACUGCAAAUAUUUAAAGAAUACUUUGAAGAUGAAUCGAUUUUCAAAGUAUGGCACAACUAUGCAUUUGACAGACAUGUUUUCUACAACCACAACAUUGAUGUUGUUGGAUUUGGAGGUGAUACCAUGCUGAUGGCACGUCUAUGGGACGCCUCUAGAAUGAUGCGUGGUGGUUAUUCACUCGAAGGUCUAACAAAGGAUCUGUUGGACAAACACAAAACCAACAUGGACGAUCUAUUUGGCCAACCAAAGCUAAAGUCUGAUGGUACACCAGGCAAAGGUAUCAUAUUACCACCACUCGAACAUCUCCAAAGAAGUUCAAAACAUUUGACCAAAUGGAUUGAAUACUCGAGUCGUGAUGCCGAAGUGACAUGGAUGCUCAGAGAGAAUCUUCACAAAAAGCUCAUGACCAUGGAAUGGAUUGGUCCCAAUUCAAACAUGUGGGACUUUUACUAUAUGAUGUGGCGACCAUUUGGACAGUUGCUCACAGACAUGGAACGUCGUGGUAUGAAGGUAGAUUUGGAGCAUCUCAAAGGAGUUGAGGUCAUUGCCCAAAGAGAUAUCACCGAACACAAUGAAAACUUUCGUCGAUGGGCAUUGGGCUACUGUGAAAAUGUCAAGCAUAUGAACAUUGACAGUGAUGCUCAAGUUCAACAGUUUUUGUUUGCACCAUGUCGCAAUGUAAAGACCAAAGAAGAGAUGGCACGCGAAGAAGAGUUUGAACGUGAAAAUGUCGAUGGCAUCAUCGAGGAAGGUGCUAAAAAGGCAAAGAAAAAGAUUGGAUUUAAAUUGGCUGGUCUGGGACUCCCAGUUCCAGGUGUCACCAAUUCAGGAUGGCCAAGUGUAGAUGCUGCCUCGCUUAGAUUACUCUCUGGCAAGGAUCCAGCCAACGGAAAGUAUGGAACUGCUUAUAAUCAUUUUGCAGUUGACCGUCUGCCUCCCAAUGCCACCGAAGAGGAAAUUGAAAAAGCCAAGGAAGAAGGUCGACAGGCUUGUCUUGCUAUUGCUUCGUUGCUCGAAGUGGGUAGUAUCGGCACGCUUAUCAGCUCGUUUAUUAUUCCACUGCAGCGAUUGGCCGACUCCAAUCAUAGACUUCACACUUCGGUCAAUGUCAAUACGGAAACAGGUCGUCUCUCUUCUCGACGUCCCAAUCUACAAAAUCAACCGGCACUCGAAAAAGAUCGUUACAAAAUCAGAAAAGCAUUUACCUGUGAACCUGGCAACACAUUGGUCGUAGCCGAUUAUGGACAACUCGAACUUCGAUUAUUGGGACACAUCACCAACUGCAAGAGUAUGCUCGAUGCUUUUCGUGUCGGUGGCGAUUUCCAUUCUCGUACGGCUAUGGGCAUGUAUCCACAUGUUCGUGCAGCUGUAGACGCCGGUGAAGUUUUACUAGAGUGGGACGGUGAAGGAGCACCACCCAAACCACUGCUCAAGGACAAGUUUGCAUCGGAACGUCGUAAAGCCAAAACACUCAAUUUCUCGAUUGCCUAUGGCAAGACUGCUCACGGUCUCUCCAAGGAUUGGAAUGUCACCCUCAGUGAAGCACAAAACACUCUCAAUCGUUGGUACGAGGAUCGUCCCGAAGUACUCUUGUGGCAACGCAGCACCAUCCAAAUAGCCCAUCAAAAGAAAUGGACUAGAACAUUGAUGGGUCGUUACAGACUCUUGCCCGAUAUCGACAGCAAGGCAAGAGGAUUUGUUGGACACAGCGAAAGAGCAUCCAUCAACACACCACUACAAGGUGGUGCAGCAGACAUUGUUAUGAAGGCAAUGCUCAUCAUUGAACAAGACGCAAGAUUAAAGGAACUUGGAUAUCGUCUCAUCAUGCAAAUUCAUGAUGAACUCAUUCUCGAAGGACCCGAAGAACAUGCACCAGAAGCAAGAGAUAUUGUUAUCAAAUUGAUGGGUAAUCCUUUAAACAAACCUCUUUUGGUUGAUUUGGUUGUUGAUUGUCGUUUUGCUAAAACUUGGUAUGAAGCUAAAUAA